GGCUAAAAGUUGAAGAAAAAUCAUUAGUCUGUCCCGCGUUGCCGUCUUUUUGCCAGCGAAUCUCAGAUCAACCAAGAUUUAUAGGUUCACGUCUAUGUAGCCCAACAAUGCCCUAGAUCUGAUUGACGAUUUCUCGAACCCCUUCGUCAAUCACGAUCUUCUAUUUACAGGGCAUACAUGUGAUCUGAAGGGUGUAAUGCAGGUUCAAGAAUUAAAAUUUUGAACUUUAUUUUUUAAUAGGAUUUGUGAGGGUUUGGAUUUAGUUAAUUAAAUCAUGGUGUUUUGGGAAGGUUAUGUGAGUGAUGAAGCAAUGGGGACUUUUGCCCCUAUUGUAGUGUACUGGUUGUACGCUGGGUUUUAUCAGCUGUUGCCGCCUCUAGACAACUAUCGUAUGCACACAAGGAAGGAGGAGGAAGAGAAGAAUUUGGUGCCAUUGUGCUCAGUUGUCAAGGGUGUUCUUCUCCAACAGCUUGUUCAGGCCACAGUUGCUGUAGCCCUCUUCUUGGUUACCUCAAAGGUAAAUUCAUCUGGAGUAACAAUUCAGCCCUCCCUUCCCGUUCAAAUUGUCCAAAUUGUUGUUGCAAUGCUGGUCAUGGACACAUGGCAGUAUUUUGUGCACCGCUACAUGCACCAGAACAAACUUCUGUACCGUCACGUCCACUCUCAACAUCAUAGGUUGGUUGUCCCUUAUGCAAUUGGGGCCCUUUACAAUCACCCUCUGGAGGGCCUUCUGCUAGACACAUUUGGGGGGGCCAUCUCAUUUCUUGUCUCGGGAAUGACUGCACGGACGGCUGUGAUUUUCUUCUGCUUUGCUGUGAUUAAAACCGUUGAUGAUCACUGUGGACUAUGGUUGCCUGGUAAUAUCUUCCAUCUCUUUUUCCAAAACAACACUGCUUAUCAUGACAUCCAUCAUCAACUCCAGGGCGCAAAGUACAACUAUUCUCAGCCUUUCUUUCCCGUAUGGGAUAAACUUCUUGGUACCCACAUGCCCUACAAGCUUGUAAAGCGACCUGAAGGUGGUUUUGAGGCAAGGCCGGUGAAAGACUAGCUAGUUACAUUGUUACCAUCAAUCCCUGUAUUAUUCAGCUUGUCAUUGUAGCAAUAUUUUCAGUGCUUCUGAUUGUGCGCACCCUGGGAGAAGCUGUGGUUGCUAGUUUAUUCUUUUGAGGCUUUGUAUUCUUGCAGGGUUGAGUUUGCCACUAAUAUUCACAAAUUCUUCAUCCUUUUUUUGCAGUUGUUGGACUGCAGUUUUUCUUGUGUUGGGUUAUGUUAAUUUCAUCCAGAGACAAUGAAAUGUAAUUUCGCCGUCUGAGUUAUGUAUUGUGCAGUAGUAUACCUGCUUUAUUGAUAUGAACAUGCUGAUGUUCUAUCAGGUUGACAUUGGUGUAUUUAGCAUUUUAUUUUUUCGGUAUUACUUAGAAGUGCAAAAGAGUACGUUGUGCAUAGCUUCCGACUAUGUUUUCAGAUUGUGAA